AUGGAGCAAGUGGAUAUGGUACAGGAGAUGGAGAUAGAGAAAGUGAAUCAGGAGAUGGAGAAACUGAAAGUGAAUCAAGCGAUGAAGAAGCUGACUACGAAAGAGGAAAUGGAUAAGACAUCGGGCGAAAUCUCAAUCUUUCGCGGCAAAUACUUUUUUCUAUCCACUUUAUAUUUAUCGGACAUCAAGUAUCAAAAAUAUGUUUACAACAGCGUUGAACACAUUUAUCAAACUGCGAGGUGCGCCGAAAAAAGUGAUAAAGAAAAAAUGCGUAACGUUACAACACCGAAAGCAGCUAAAAUUCUUGGGAAAUUCAUUAAGCCGAGACCUUAUUGGGAUGUUGAGAAAAUGCGAGCAAUGUCGCACGGAAAUGAGCUGAAAUUUCUUCGUCAUCCAAAGUUGAGAAAAAAACUAAUCAAAACCGGCAACAAACAACUGAUUAACCAAAACUACUGGCAUGACACUUAUUGGGGCGUUUGCGGAUGCACUAAGCAUAAAAAGACUGGAAUGAAUCUGUUGGGCAAAAUAUUAAUGAAGAUUAGAAGUGAAAUGCUAUAA